AUGGAUGAGCAAGUACAACGCCUGGUGGAUAAGGCGUGGGAUCAGUUUCAAAAGAUACCGGAAGAUCACCGAUUCUUGAUCGCGAUAGGCGGCAUACCAGGCUCAGGCAAAACAACGCUCUCCCAAAUGGUGACCCAGGCCCUCAACGCCCGGCACGCGAUCCUGCACCCCGAAGUCCCCAAGGCCGUCCCCGUCGCGGCCUUUGUUCCCAUGGACGGCUACCACCUGACGCGCGCGCAGCUCUCGGCGCUGCCUGACCCAGCCAACGCGCAUGCCCGCCGCGGCGCCGAAUUCACCUUCGACGGCGCCGCCUUCCUGACCCUCGUGCAGGCGCUGCGCGCGCCCCUGACGCCCGCCACGGCGCCCAUCCUCGUGCCGUCCUUCGACCACGCCGUCAAGGACCCCAAGGCCGACGACAUCGCCAUACUACCCGAGCACCGCAUCGUCGUGUUCGAGGGCAACUACGUUUGUUUGGACAAGGAGCCAUGGCGCGCGGCGGCGGCGCUGAUGGACCAGCGCUGGUUUGUGGAUGUCGGGUUUGGGGUCGCGCGGGAGAGGCUCGUGAGGAGGCAUGUGAGGGCGGGGAUUGCGGGGGAUGCGGAGGAGGCGGGCAGGAGGGCGGAUGAGAAUGAUUUGGUUAAUGGAAGGGAGAUCGUGGAGGGGAGGGUUGAUGUGCAUGAGGUGGUUGUUAGUCGGGAGGAUGAGGGCUGGAGGCAUGAGUGA